CACUUCCGGAAGCGGUAGCGGAGUUUCAAUACACGUGGUGAAAAAAUUGUAUUCGUUACUUUCGACCCUCUUGCAUCCAUCUCCCCCAUCUCCAUCUCUCCAUCCUUCCUAUUCCCUUCUAUCUUCCCGUUAAAAAUGUCUGACGAUGAACAUCACAACCAAACCUUCGAGCAGGCCAGCGCCGGUGCGUCCUUGACGUACCCCAUGCAAUGCUCUGCCCUCCGCAAAAACGGUUUCGUCGUCAUCAAAAACCGCCCUUGCAAGAUCGUCGAAAUGUCCACGUCCAAGACUGGCAAGCACGGACACGCCAAGGUCCACCUCAUCUUCACCAACAAAAAGUUGGAAGAUAUCUGUCCCUCCACCCACAACAUGGACGUCCCCAACGUCCAGCGUAACGAAUACCAGCUCGUCAACAUCGACGAAGGCUUCCUCAACCUCAUGACCCAGGACGGCACCCCCAAGGACGACGUCAAAGUCCCCGACAGCGAGCUCGGCGGGCAGAUCAGCAAGGACUUUGACGACGGCAAAGACUUGCUCGUCACUAUCAUCUCUGCCAUGGGCGAGGAGCAGGCUAUUUCUUACAAGGAGGCUCCCAAGGGGUUGUAGCCGGCGUUCUGCCGCCGGUUCGUCCCCUUCCCGUGAUGUGGUGUCGUUUGCACGUUAUAGUUAUCCCUCGUUUGUGUUCAAACAUUUUCAUUGUAACGAUGGUGUAGAUCAGCAGUAGCAGUUGUGACAAGUAAUCCUAACGAAAUAUGUCCAUUUGAGAGAGAGCGCGUGCUACCUCGGGUUUUUGACUGCAUACGAUACUUGACGGUAAUCAGUUCCUU